UACACUCAACAUGGAGGAGUGUUUGCACACUUCGGCCGACAGUUUAGCUAAACUAGUAAAAUGGGCACACAGCCAUGGAACUAUCUGCACGUUGAUCCCCAGCCUGAAACACUUGCUAACAGAAGGCGCCCACGGCAGCCUCACUGCUCUCUGGGGUUGUAGCGCAGGUCACGCCUACCACUGGCCCUUAACAUCUACCUGUAAAACAGCCCAUAAGGAGCGACCUUGUUGCCAAGGCAGUAGAGUCAUCAGUUCUGACGCUCUGAUCCAGGGAGCAGCGGUCAUGCAGGCCAGCUCGACAGAGAGGUUCUUGGGCAGCUCAGCCAAGACCAAGGGUGACCCUGGCCAGACCCGGGACUCCUGCGACUUCUCCAACUGCAGUGAGCCAUCUGAGAUGGACGACAACACGGAUGAGUACAACAGCCACCUGUUUGACAUCGUUUGUGAGUCGUCUGCCACAGAUGAAGAGGGUGAGUCUGAGCCCAGGAUGAUGCACAGGAAGAGGGGGACCAAGGGCCCAGAGCUGGAAAACUGCAGUGACCCGGAAGCAAAGAAAAUCAAGCAGGAGAGAGCUGAAGACUAUUACACUGUAGCUAACCCCCAGAAUCCUGGUGACAUGGAACUUGCUCAGUCAUGCAGUGUGGCAUCCCAGUCCCCCAAACCAAACUCCCAGACACGACCCUCAUCCAGACUGUCAGCCAUCCACAAGCCUUCCUCAGUGGAUGGAGAUUCGGUAGGGGUCUCCUCAUCGCCACACGACAACCCCUCUCCAUCUGUGUCCAAACCUCCACGUGCACCUGUUGGUAGUUCACAGAGCAAAACACACAUGAACUUGAAUCCAACAGCCGGUCAGAAUCGACCUGGACGGAGUGACCUGGUUGAAGGCCUUCCUAAUGGGGACUUUGGACUGUCCUUUGGAGAUGUGCCAGUUGCAGCUAACCCUGAGAUGGAUAUCCUAGCAGCACAGGCGCUCAGUGCAGAAGCUAAAGGGCACGGCACAGGCUGUCUAGCUUCAGUGUCCUUGAAUUCAGAGGAACACUUCUGGCCUUCUACAUCAGAACUUUGUCCACUUGCUGACAGGAAUUUUGAUGAAAGAAAACAGCUUGAAGAGUUCAUCACAAGCGUAGAUCCAGUAACAUUACGAAAUCUGCAAGCAGUGAUUUCCCGGAUACUUGAGUUUCACGAAAGGACUUGGGCACCUGAGCCCAGCCCAGCCAGGUUUGGAGAGCCCAGCCCAGCCAGGUUUGGAGAGCCCAGCCCAGCCAGGUUUGGAGAGCCCAGCCCACCCAAGUUUGGCGAGCAGGAGCAGGAGCUGUUCCCUGGCUCGGGCCUAUUCCUUCCCCCUUACAAACUGGCCUGCAUGCAUCGGGAGUCACGACAGGACAGCAUGAGACUCUUCCACCUCCUAUUCGAGCACUUCUUCAGUGAGGAAGAUCUUGUUGGGGCUGUGGCUUUUGGGAAAAGAGGCAAAGUGCCUGCAGGGAAAAAAAUCCUUGACAGAAGAACAGUCGAUGGAGUAAUGUCUUAUGUCCUACGUUGUUCUAGUUUGGAUGGAUGGACUCCAGUGGAACCAGCCAAGCUGAAGAAAGCCUGUAUUAACAAGUGCAGGCUGAGAACUGGUCAGAGGAGAAAGUUAUCACAGGAGACAUAUCUUUUCCACAGUCCACAAAAGUCAGGGCCUUCGUAUAUCUGAUAAAUCUUUAAAAGUCCCUCAAUAAUUUGUUCAGUCUCUAUAUGUAACUGUCAGUGUCUUCAUUAUUUCAUGCAAAUGUACGUGAUCCAAAUAAAGAACUAAAUGUUAUUGGUCACUAUUUAGAUCACACUCCUGUUUACUGCUCUUUACACCCAGAAUCUACCUGUCGAGACCCAUGACAUUCACAAAGUUAAACGUAACUCUACUUGUCUUUUCUCCUGGCUCCCCUGAUCAAAAAGACAAACAUAUUGUAGCUGUGUUAGUCUGCAGUUUGCAUAAGAGGGCAUCAGGCCAGUUUUUUAUCAAGCACUCAUUCAGGUUGUAGCACAGUCCAGGCACGCCAGAGUCUCGGCCCUUUAUACCUGCAGUUAGUUAUGCAGUUUUCCAUCCUCCAGCAUCUUCACUUGGAUUUUAAAUGGCUGAGUAGAUGGAAGAACUUUUUAAUUGAACCGUUUUCCUUUUUCAUAUUUAUUUAUUGAUUUAUUUUUACAUAUACCUAUAAAAACUAACCUUUGGUGCAUUCUCUUUUGGUGUGUACUCCAUAGCCAGAUCAGAUUCGAAACGGGUCUGCUCUGUAUUGUUCAUCCCUGUCCAAACAAUCCAUACAGUCUUUGCUUGGGUUAGACAAAUACACCUGUGGCUGUAAUUCACAUUUGGUCUCAUGAUUAUGGUAUACAUUAAGCUGUUAAUCCAGUAUUACAAGAUGUGAAACAUUUUUGUAUUUUUGAUGUGUAAAUAUUUGAUUUUGAUAUUUAAUGUGUCUGCUGGUUUUUGUAAC